AUGUCGGCCCCUGUAGACCAUACUGACCAACAUGUUGAAGCGAUUCCACAGUCUACAACAGCUACGCCAAAUUGGACAAACAAUAUCUCAGAUGUAAAAACAGUUAAGGUUAGCAACCUAUCACUGGCUGCUUCUGAGAUGGACGUUAGAGAAUUCUUUUCAUCCUCAGGUGAUAUUCGACACGUUGAGAUGAAAAGGGAAAAUGAGAGCACCCAGAUUGCUUAUGUUACCUUUAAGGAGUCUCGGGGGGCUGAGACAGCAUCACUUUUGACUGGUGCCAAAAUAGCUGAUCUUCACGUCAGCAUCACACUUGUUGAGCAUUACCAGCUGCCUCAAGAAGCUCUUCCCUCUACCCCAGAUAAAAGGCAAUCUGCUGCUGUACUAAAGAAGGCUGAAGAUGUGGCCAGUUUGGUGCUUGCCAAGGGUAUAAAUAUGGGAAAGGAUGCACUCAACAGAGCAAAAUCCUUUGAUGAACGUCAUCACUUGAUCUCAAAUGCUUCUGCCACUGUUGCUUCCAUUGAUCAGAAAAUGGGUUUAAGUGACAAGUUUAGCAUUGGAACAUCCAUUGUGAAUGAAAAGGUGAGAGAGAUGGAUGAAAAGUUUCAGGUUUCUGAAAAGGCAAAGUCUGCUCUUGCUGUUGCUGGGCCAAAGGCCAGUAAUGCUGUGUCUGCUGUCAUGAGCAAUCCUUAUGUUUCUUCUGGAGCUUCAUAUUUGUCAAGAACCUUCUCUGCUGUUGCAAAGGCUGCUGGGGAUGUCGGCACCAUGACAAAGGAGAAGGGUGGACAGCCUGAUGUAGAAACGAAAGAGAUUGUUCACAAGGGAAAGGAAGAGACCAAUGAUGAAGCCGGAAGCCGGCCGGUAGUUCCUGUUAAUUCAGCCGAUGACAGCAAGCCGGCAGUUGCAUGA